AUGGCGAGUGCUGACAGCGUCUUCGGCAACAUGAUGCUUAGAAUAAUUAUUGCAGCAGCUAUCUUAGCCCUCAGCUUGGCGGAAAUUCAGAAUCAGUCACAAGAGUCUUCGAAACAAGCGAUUUCAUCCCAAAGUUUCACCCGAAAAGAUGUCCCUAUAUCUUAUAAAUUUACAGCUAUCCACGCAGAUCCUGCUGUAAGACCAAUCACUGAACCUACCCAAGGACAUCACAGGCAAUAUGCACCAAUUCAAUAUGCACCGUUACACCCAGGACUGCAAAAAAACUUUCUUCCAAAUCGACACAUUGCGUUGACAGGAACUAACGCCCAAACGAACUUUGAAUGGAAUGGAAAUGACCGUAGCAGACAAAUUAAUAAUUCUCCAGAAACCAAUAUAAAUAAACAGCAUUUGGAACCAAAAAAUCUUCAUACAACAGCACACAAUGUUCAAUUUGAGAAACAUGAAAAUUUUGUUCCGGGACAUAAUGUCGAAGUAUUGCAAUCCGUGGACAGUAAUCCUGUUCAUAAUACUGUGUACAGAAGUUCCAGUGAUGAUAUUGAAAAAUCGCCAUUAAAUAAGAUCAAUUACUUAAGACAGUACAUUGUUCACCAACAUCCUGGAAUUGAAAUGCAAACGGUAACUCAACCUACAAAAGGCUAUGAAUUGGAUAUUAGCACUCCCAGCCAAAAUUCUGCGUUAUACACACUGCUCGGUAAACACUAUUCCAGGCCGAAUAUUUAUAGACUGAACGAAUCUCCACAGCAGCACAUACCGGCGCCACAUCCAAAAAAUCACAAACUACAUUUGAACGUCGCUCGUAUUUACGGAUUCUCCCAGCCAAUUGCUAAAGCGUUGCAAACAAAUUUAAUAUACCCGAGUCAUACAUAUGCUAUACCUUCAAAUAGUCAACUUAGGGACAUGAACAAAAAAACGCUACUUUUCCCUGUAAUCAAUCAAAACCAACGCUACCUUGUCAGAACUGCAUAA